AUGCGUUACAGCCGAUUGGAUUGUGUUCCGUGGUGGCACCGGCUUCUCGCUUUACGAGUGUUGCAGUUACGUGGCCCUCGGGUGAGUGGCGACCAGGUUUACUGUCGUUUGGCGGGUGACUGGUGCUGGCUCGGGCUUUUCCAGCGGCCACGUCUUGCGCCUUUGGCUUCUGGCCGCGGCGAUGGAGCCUAAAGAGUUGUGCGUAUGUACAAACAACCCUCCACACCAGGAUUCUGCUCACCCCUGGCCACAGAAUCCCUCAGUGCUCAAAGGAGAGAGGACGCUGAAGAUAGUCUGUACAAGAUGCCAAAUGAAGAAAUCUCUCACUCAACUCAAACUCAGGAGCAAGACUGUUUACAGAGACAACAUAUUAGUACUAAUGAAGAAUCAUCAACUGAGCAAAAAAAUGAUGGGGAUGCAGAGAAGAAGGAGCACCUCCCUUCUCCUUUCUCCGACUUUGGGCCCUCUACUUCUACUGAGGGCUGUACAUCAGCAGCUGCAAGGAGAGGUCCAGCCCUGCUGCACAUUGACAGGCAUCAGAUCCCGGCUGUGGAGCCCAGUGCACAGGCCCUGGAACUGCAAGGCCUGGGUGUGGAUGUUUAUGACCAGGCUGUGUUAGAACAGGGUGUGCUUCAGCAGGUGGAUAGUGCAAUCCUUGAGGCUAACCGCGUAGCACAGCUCGUUGAUGCUGAGAAGGAGUAUCGUUCAGUCCUGGAUGACCUCAUGUCAUGUACAACAUCUCUAAGGCAAAUCAAUAAAAUUAUUGAACAGCUUAGCCCUCAAGCUGCCACCAACAGAGACAUCAACAGGAAACUAGAUUCUGUAAAACGACAGAAGUAUAAUAAGGAACAACAGCUAAAGAAGAUCACUGCAAAACAGAAACGUUUGCAGGCCAUCCUUGGAGGAUUGGAGGUAAGAGUGGAACUGGAUCAUGCCAGCCUGGAGGAAGAGGAUGAAGAGCCGGGGCCGUCCUGUCUUGGCAGUAUGCUCAUGCCUGCCCAGGAGACUGCCUGGGAAGAGCUCAUUCGCACGGGUCAGAUGACACCAUUUGGUACCCAGGUCCCUCAGAAACAAGAGAAAAAGCCUAGAAAAAUAAUGCUCAAUGAGGCAUCAGGCUUCGAAAAGUAUUUGGCAGAUCAAGCAAAACUGUCUUUUGAAAGGAAGAAGCAAGCUGCUAAUAAAAGAGCAGCCAGAAAAGCCCCAGCCUUGGUCAUGUCUAAGGCUGGCCCAGGACCACAUGAAAACAAAACAAAUCAGAGAAACAAAGUUCUCUCAAAAACAGACAAGUGCUUGAAAAAGCGCAUCAGGAAGCUCCAGAAGAGGGCACUGCAGUUCCAGGGGAAGGUGGGGUUGCCAAGAGGGAAGAAGCCCCUUGAGUCAGAGGCCAGGCCAAAGUCAGAGGGAGAUUCUGAGAGUGGGGAGUCUUGGUCCUGUCUCACAGAGCAGGAAGAGGAGGCAGAGGCUGGCCUGUGUGGAGAUGCCACUGACUAUGAACUGAGGCCUGUGCUCAAGGGCAGGAAACGCCAGAAGAAAGCCUCAGUGCAGGAGGUUGAUGACGAUUUUUUCCCAAGUUCUGGGGAAGAAGCUGAAGCCAACGGAGGAGGAAAAGGAAGUCGAAAAGUAGUGAGAUGCCAAGAUGAUGGAGAUGAAGAUUAUUAUAAACAGCGAUUAAGGAGGUGGAAUAAACUAAGACUGCAAGACAAAGAGAAACGUCUGAAACUUGAAGAUGAUUCUGAGGAAAGUGAUGCCGAAUUUGAUGAAGGUUUCAAAGUGCCAGGCUUUCUGUUCAAAAAGCUCUUUAAGUACCAGCAGACAGGUGUUAGGUGGCUGUGGGAAUUGCACUGCCAGCAGGCAGGAGGAAUUCUGGGAGAUGAAAUGGGAUUGGGCAAGACCAUCCAGAUAAUUGCCUUCUUGGCAGGUCUGAGCUACAGCAAGAUCAGGACUCGUGGUUCAAAUUACAGGUUCGAGGGGUUGGGUCCCACUAUACUUGUCUGUCCAACCACAGUGAUGCAUCAGUGGGUCAAAGAAUUCCACACAUGGUGGCCUCCAUUCAGAGUGGCAGUUCUACAUGAAACUGGCUCCUACUCCCACAAAAAGGAGAAACUAAUUCGCGAUAUUGCUCAUUGUCAUGGAAUUUUGAUAACUUCUUACUCCUACAUUCGUCUGAUGCAAGAUGAUAUUAGCAAGCAUGACUGGCACUAUGUGAUCUUGGAUGAAGGACACAAAAUUCGAAAUCCAAAUGCUGCUGUCACACUUGCUUGCAAGCAGUUUCGCACACCUCAUCGGAUCAUCUUGUCUGGCUCACCGAUGCAGAAUAACCUCCGGGAGCUCUGGUCCCUCUUUGACUUUGUCUUCCCGGGGAAGUUAGGCACAUUGCCUGUGUUUAUGGAGCAGUUCUCUGUCCCCAUCACCAUGGGGGGAUAUUCCAAUGCUUCUCCAGUACAGGUUAAAACUGCUUAUAAGUGUGCAUGUGUCUUACGAGACACCAUAAACCCAUACCUUCUGCGGAGAAUGAAGUCAGAUGUCAAGAUGAGCCUUUCUUUGCCAGAUAAAAAUGAACAGGUCUUAUUUUGCCGUCUUACAGAUGAGCAGCAGAAAGUCUACCAGAAUUUCAUUGAUUCCAAAGAAGUUUACAGGAUUCUAAAUGGAGAGAUGCAGAUUUUCUCUGGACUUAUAGCCCUAAGAAAAAUAUGCAACCACCCUGAUCUCUUUUCUGGAGGUCCUAAGAAUCUCAGAGGUCUUCCAGAUGAUGAACUAGAAGAAAAUCAGUUUGGAUACUGGAAACGUUCUGGGAAAAUGAUUGUUGUUGAGUCUUUGUUGAAAAUAUGGCAAAAGCAGGGUCAGCGAGUGUUGCUGUUUUCUCAGUCAAGACAGAUGUUACACAUACUAGAAGUGUUCCUGAGAAGCCAGAAGUAUUCCUAUCUCAAGAUGGAUGGAAGCACUACCAUAGCAUCAAGACAACCAUUGAUUACAAAAUACAAUGAGGACACGUCCAUCUUCGUGUUUCUUUUGACCACGAGGGUUGGUGGCAUAGGAGUCAAUCUGACUGGGGCCAACAGAGUCAUCAUCUACGAUCCUGACUGGAACCCAAGCACUGAUACACAGGCCCGAGAGCGAGCAUGGAGGAUAGGACAGAAGAAGCAGGUGACUGUGUAUAGGCUUUUGAUGGCGGGCACAAUUGAAGAGAAGAUUUACCAUCGACAAAUCUUCAAGCAGUUUUUGACAAACAGAGUCCUAAAAGAUCCAAAACAAAGGCGGUUCUUCAAAUCGAAUGAUCUUUAUGAGCUGUUUACUCUGACUAGUCCUGAUGCAUCACAGAGCACUGAAACUAGUGCUAUUUUUGCAGGAACUGGUUCAGAUGUUCGGACACCCAAAUGCCAUUUAAAAAAAAAGAUUCCAUCAGCCUUUGGAACAGAUAGUGGAAUUCCAAAUUGCAGAAAAUUUCCUGAUUCUGAUACAUCUAUAAACGAUGAAGAGAAAUCUAAGAGAAAUUUGACUGAAGAGAAAUCUAAGGCAACAGAAACUGAAGGAAAUACAGAAACUUCUGCUGAAAGUAAUCCUUUAAAAAGUAACCCUCAUAGAAAUGGGAACGUAACUAGCAGUGAUCGGCUUGAAGAAGAGACAAAAGCAGUGUCUGGACGGGAGGAGCCAAUAGUGAUUAGUGGAAAUAGGGACCGUUCAGAUUCUGCAAGCAUUGGUGGAAAAUCCCAGCCAUCUGGUGAAGAAAGCACUGAUGAAAAGCAAAGUCCUUCUUAUAAAGGAGAAAGCUCCCAGGUUCAGUCAGAACGUCUUAGGAAGAAUGAACAAAUUGAAAGUCAUUUUUGUAAGCACAAGUCAAAAACAAAACAUCAUAAUGUGUCAGAAGAAGAGAUCUCAGAAAAACAUCUUCAGCAGCAGCCAAAGGUCAAAAACUCUAAGCAUUGUAAAGAUGCCAAGUUUGAAGGAAUUCGAGUCCCACACCUGGUGAAGAAAAGGCAGUACCACAAACGAGACACUGAGCGUGCGAGUGAGGCCCAGGAACGGAGCAGCGAUGAUUAUGUUUUGGAAAAGCUUUUCAAAAAAUCAGUGGGUGUGCACAGUGUGGUGAAGCACGAUGCAAUCAUAGAUGGAGCCAGCCCUGAUUAUGUCCUGGUAGAGGCAGAAGCCAACCGAGUAGCCCAGGACGCCUUGAAAGCCUUGAGGCUCUCUCGACAAAGGUGUCUUGGGGCAAUGUCUGGUAUCCCCACCUGGACUGGCCACAGGGGGACUUCAGGUGCACCAGCAGGAAUAAAGAGUAGAUUUGGUCAGAAAAAGAACUCUAACCUCUCUGUGCAGCGUCCUUCAACAUCUCCAACAGAUAAAUGCCAGGAUGGUGUCAUGAAAAAGGAGGGAAAAGAUCAUGGCCUUGAUCACUUCAGUGGAAAAGCAGAAGAUUCAGAGUCUUCUUCUGGGGCUCUUGCUUCCUCCUCACUCUUGGCCAGAAUGAGAGCAAGAAAUCACCUAAUUCUCCCAGAGCGGUUAGAGAGUGAAAGUGGACACCUGCCAGAGGCUUCUGCCCCCCAGGCGCUCACCACAGAACAUGAUGACCUGCUGGUGGAAAUGAGGAACUUCAUUGCUUUUCAGGCCCACAUUGACGGCCAGGCCAGCACUCAGGAGAUUCUGCAGGAAUUUGAGUCCAAGCUAUCAGCGUCACAGUCUUGUGUCUUUCGGGAACUAUUGAGAAAUCUGUGCACUUUUCAUAGAACUCCUCAAGGUGAAGGAAUUUGGAAACUCAAGCCAGAGUACUGCUAAACAACACUAAAUUUUCAGUCAUGCCUUCUACUGGAAGUGUAUGAUUACCAACUUGUGCUUAAUAAUCAUAUGUUUGUCAAGGAAAGUUGGCUGCCCCUAUGUGUACUUUAAAAUGGCAACUACCUCAUAACUAAAACUUUAAAGAAAAAAACUGUUCUCCAAAACAGAAGUUUUAAUAAUGCUAUUAGAAGAAAAAUACUUGGAUGAAUUUUUUUUUUUCCAUUAUGAAUUGUGUUCUAAAAUCAGGGACUUAACAGUUGCUUCUUGGAGCACAUUUGUUCCUUUACCCAAAAGAUGGUGUCAGGGAGCAUAUAACUAUUCAUUUAGAAGUUUACAGAAUAGAGCUGCGUGCUGUGGUGCACUCCUAAAAUCCCAGUGACUCAGGAGGCUGAGACAAGAGAAUCUCAGGUUGAAGGCCACCAUCAGCAACGUAGCAAGACCCUUUUUACUUUAAAGUAAAAAGUAAGAAGGGUUGGAGAUGUUGCUCAGUAGUAAAGCUCCCUGGGUUGGAUUCCCAGUACUCUAAAUAAAAGAAGAAAAAGAAGAAGUUGUAGAAUUGAAGUCUCAAUUCUUUUUAUUGGUGCUAAAAAUAUGUCUUACAUUUAGUCAGCCUAUUCAGUAUAUUAGUUUAUCAAUAUCUGAUAACAGUAUUUUGAUGCAUAAUUUUUAAAUGUUUAAAUUUAUCAUCUGCCAUACAUGAAAAGAUAAUAUUUCAAAUUUACAUCAUAUUAAUUGCCUUUAAACAAUCCUCCUUUAAAAAAUACAAUUAAAUUUGCAGGUUUUUUUCCCCCUUUUUGGAAGCUGGGGAUUUAAUCCAGAGCCUCAUACAUGCUAAGCAUGCACUGUACCUCUGAGCGACAUCUCUAGUCAGAGAGCGUUUUUAUUAGUAAAGCAUGAAAGCCUGGUAAUAAAUUAUAAAGCAAAUAUUUGUCGAAAGUUUUAGUGUACUCAUUUUACUCUGGCUUUAAGCAAAACAUACAUUUUCCUCCCUAUUCUCACUAUUGGUUUUAGGAAAAUAAAAUGUGUUAUCAUUUAAAAAAAAAAAAAAGGAAUAUCCAAGAAAAACCAAAAGUACAUGCAUGAAAGAACACAUGAGUACUACACUGUGGACCAUGGCCAGGCAUCCCCUCCUCACCAUGAGGUGACCACCGUGCAGCGCUCUCUUUGUCCUCUUGCUGGCUGAUGUCUGAAGAUCUGUUGUUUCAUUUGUUGAGCUUGGUUUGCUGAGGGCACUGAUUGUUGUAGCUAUGACCACCGUUGUGUUCUUAGAGAUUGUUAGAGUCUGUUAUAUUUAUGGUUCUGUGAUCGUGUAGCCUUAAUCCUCAGUUUAUUUUCUUAGCUUUGCUUUUCUUAUUUACUUCUCAUAGUUUUUUUUUUUUUUUUUAAUCAUUUCAAGUCUUGUUUUCUCAAGUUCAUUGCAUUCCUUAAAUUUCUUCUAAGCCAUCACAGUGCAGUUUCUUGUUUGGAUGUGUUUUCUGCAACUUGCUAUUUUUUUCUUUGUCAUUUCUUUGUAUUUUGCUUGCCUCCCUUCCAUGCGGUAUUCUUAAAUCUUAAACUCAUACUUAAGUCAACAGCUGUGUCUAGACCUGAUACUUGCUUUUCCCUGUAAUCCAGAGGGGAGGGUUCUGUGCAGGUGGUGCCCCUGCCAGGAUGCAUGUGACUUUGGUUGGGGGACCCUGGUUUGAGAUUGGCUGUUCUUUCUUUAGAUAGCUGGCCAGGGUUCCCUUCCCUUAGCAGAGUUAUAUUCAUAUCCUAUAUUUUCUACUUCUUUUCUUGGAUUCUGUCUUAUUCAUUUUGUUUGCUUUUAGUUUGAUUCAUAUAUAUUCAUAUAUAUUUUCUUCAUUUUGUCAUUAUUAUCUAGAAGUCUUAGAAGGGAUUUCUAAACCACUCAAUAAAUCCUAAAAAGAAUCAAAACGUGUGACUGUUUAUGGGGUACAUUUUUAUUUUUGUAAUCAUUAGCAUAUAAGAAAAUUGUAUCUCCCCCUCCUGGCUUGUUCUCAGGGUAAAAUACUGAUCUGGUUCACUAGUGAGGAGCAUUUGGAUAUCAUCCUUAUAGAGUCUGAAUCUAAAUUAUAUUGAGCUAGAGAAGUUGUAGCCUUCUCUUUGAGCAAGAAAUAAAAGCAUGAUGCAAUAAGUGCAAGAUAGUCCUCUUUCCGGUUCUGCUGCUGACAAGCCAUGGUCUUGAGUAGGUUGUGUGCCUGUGAUCUGUAAACAUGGUCUUUAUGUCUCCGGGGUGAAGGGCAUUAAAGAACAGUGCUCUAAAUGGAAAGGUUUUAACAAUAUAGAGUAAAUUAUUCAUUUAGAUGAAAGUUAAUUUUUGGAACAUUAAAUUCUUUGUACAUUGUGAAUAGAUUUAAUGUAUUGAAUGUAUUAUAUUAAUACAAAUAAAGGACUUGAAAUUUUUGUCAAAUUUUUAAAAUUCCUUAGUUACUAUGUGAAUGUACCGUCACUGUUAAAAAAUUUCAAGCAAUACGCAUGCUAUCUAUCUUCCCACCCAUGCACCAAUCUUGCUCCGGUUCCAGAGCUAAAUUCUAUAUUUGGCAUGUAUAUAGUUCCUAUACAGAUAUGUGUGUGUGUUCUUCCAGGCUGUUUUCCACACAUUUAUGAAACAAAUGGCAAAAAUUUAUUGCCAUAAUGUGUGUAUUUCCCCUUUCUUCCUUUAAUAAAAUUCCUGAACUUUACUUGGACACAUGGUUGUUCAGCUAAUGACUAUACUUCUCAACCUCUGUGAUAGUUGAGUAUGGCCACGUGCUGAAGUUUGGGGCUGUGGGAUGUAAAACUUCCAGAUAGAGUCUUCAGUAAGGAAUUAAUGUAUACUCUUCUUGACUUUUUCUUCUUGCUGGUGGGAAUGCCCAUGGGAGUUUCGGCAUGCCCUGGCAUCUCCAAAGAGGUUAUGUGUUGAGGAUGGAGAAGUUGAUCUGCCAGUAUUGAACUGUGCUCUUUGCUCUGUUACUUAAGAGUAAAAUAAACUACCGACUUACUUAAA